CGCUGCUUAUAAAGAAAAAGUGCUAUUGCGCUGAAUUCAUUAACUUCUGAGCCAUUGAACGAUUUACAACUGAGUGCAUCAGAACUUAGAUAACAAUUAAACUAGCUUUUAUUUCGUGAUUUAGUAAAAAAUAAAUAGAAGAACAUGUCUCAAUCUCAAGUAGCCGGCAAAGAAAACAUUACGGACAACAUGGAAAAGUUCUCGCUAAAGAGCCCAAGCAAGAAAAUUCUGACGGAGAACGCCAACAACGUUCGCAAGAUGUCGAUCACCCCUGAAGAUAAUGCCAAAGAUCAAGCCAGCAGCAAUGGUAAGACUGAGCAAUCUAUAAUGAAUAAGAUUGCUGCGCCAUUCGAUCCCUCACUGGAGCCGCUGCUCAAGGAGAAUCCGCGUCGAUUCGUAAUCUUUCCCAUACAAUAUCAUGAUAUCUGGCAGAUGUACAAGAAGGCUGAGGCCUCAUUCUGGACUGUGGAAGAGGUGGAUCUCUCUAAAGACUUGACCGACUGGGCACGUUUAACUGAUAACGAGCGUCACUUUAUCUCCCAUGUGCUCGCCUUCUUUGCCGCCUCCGAUGGCAUUGUUAAUGAGAAUCUUGUCGAGCGCUUCAGCCAGGAGGUGCAAAUAACCGAAGCUCGUUGUUUCUAUGGCUUUCAAAUCGCCAUGGAGAAUGUGCACUCGGAGAUGUACAGCGUGCUGAUCGAUACAUAUAUUAGGGAUCCACAGGAACGGGAUUAUCUGUUCAAUGCCAUUGAAACAAUGCCCGCUGUCAAGCGAAAGGCCGAUUGGGCGCUCUCUUGGAUUUCAUCGAAGGCGGCGAACUUUGGCGAGAGAAUCAUUGCGUUCGCUGCCGUGGAGGGAAUCUUCUUUAGUGGCAGCUUUGCCUCGAUCUUUUGGCUGAAGAAACGUGGUCUGAUGCCCGGUCUGACCUUCUCCAAUGAGUUGAUCUCACGCGACGAGGGCUUGCAUUGUGACUUUGCUGUGAUGAUGUUCCGGCAUUUGGUGCAACGUCCUAGCCGUGAGCGCAUCAUUGAGAUCAUCUCUGAUGCUGUUACCAUUGAGCAAGAGUUUCUCACAGAUGCUCUGCCCGUCAAAUUGAUUGGCAUGAAUUGUGCAUUGAUGUCCGAGUAUAUUGAAUUUGUUGCGGAUCGUCUGUUGGUGGAACUCGGUGUUGGCAAAAUCUACAAUACGAAGAAUCCAUUCACCUUUAUGGAGAUGAUCUCGCUGGAUGGCAAGACUAACUUCUUCGAGAAAAAAGUUGGCGAAUAUCAACGUAUGGGCGUCACAUCGAAUCGGCUAGACAAUGUCUUUACACUUGAUGCGGAUUUCUAAAAUUACACUUCGCAAUCCUCACAGCUGCUGGUUCCGGGUGUUAUUUUUAGCCAAUAUAUGUUUUAAUAAUUAACCACAUUUUCUUAGCAUCUAAGCCUAUAUUUAAACAUAACUACAUGCGGACACAUAACUUAGCAAAUCAUUGUCAUUCCUCUUCCAAAAAAUCGCUAAUUAUUGAAUUACCUGACAACUAAAGAGCAUUGUAUUUUAUCUGA